AUGGUUAAUACUGCCGUUGGCAUUUGCUUGGUCCUUGUCUUGAACGGAAAAGUCCAUAAUUCUGUCAUAAUUGUGAAGAAACUUCUUUCUUUCCGUCGAAGAAAGAAGAUCGUGUGCGGCAUGGACACUGACGGCCGCCAUGAUUUCUUUUUCUUUUCGUUUAAAGACGGAAAAAAAUGGCGACUUCCGAUUCGGCACCAGGAUUCACCCAGAAGGAAUUUCACAGAAGCCUUUUCCAACCAAGAGACGCAUUUCGGGUUCGAAAAUAUUCCUGAAAAUGAAAAAGAGGAAAAAGUCCAUGAAGUGUUUAAAAAUGUGGCCAAUUCCUAUGACAAGAUGAAUGAUGCCAUGAGCUUUGGAAUUCACAGACUUUGGAAGGACCAUUUUAUGAUGCAAUUGGCUCCAACACCAGACACAAAGCUGUUAGAUGUUGCUGGAGGAACUGGUGAUAUUGCUUUUCGAUUUUUAAAAUAUGUUGACUAUGCCAAAACGGAUUCCCCUGAAGAGGACGAGAAGGAUCUGAUGGCUGAUUUGAUUGAUGGCAGGGAAGCUAACUUUGUCGAUGAAGAUCCAGCAAAGCAAAAAGCUCACGUCACUGUGUGUGACAUCAAUCAAUCCAUGCUGGAUGUUGGACGAAAAAGAGCAUCUGAACUUGGGUACGAUUCAAAAUCCAUCAGCUGGAUACAAGGGAAUGCAGAAUCUCUAUCAUUUCCAGACAAUUAUUUUGAUGCCUACACGAUAGCAUUUGGAAUUCGUAACGUCACACAUAUUGAUAAGGCUCUUUCUGAAGCUUAUCGAGUUCUUCGUCCUGGGGGCCGAUUUAUGUGCCUUGAAUUUAGUCAGGUGCCAAAUCCACUCCUACGCAGUUCAUAUGUCUAUCAACCUAUCUAUCGCAGUCUGUUCAUAUCUGUCAAUCUAUCUAUCACAGUCUGUUCAUAUCUGUCAAUCUAUCUAUUGCAGUCUGUUCAUAUCUGUCAAUCUAUUUAUCACAGUCUGUUCAUAUCUAUCUAUCUAUCUGUUGCAGUCUGUUCAUAUCUGUCAAUCUAUCUGUCGCAGUCUGUUCAUAUCUGUCAAUCUCUCUGUCGCAGUCUGUUCAUAUCUGUCAACCUAUCUAUCGCAGUCUGUUCAUAUCUGUCAAUCUAUCUAUCGCAGUCUGUUCAUAUCUGUCAAUCUAUUUAUCACAGUCUGUUCAUAUUUGUCAAUCUAUCUAUCAUAGUCUGUUCAUAUGUCUAUCAACCUAUCUAUCGCAGUCUGUUCAUAUCUGUCAAUCUAUCUAUCACAGUCUGUUUAUAUCUAUCAAUCUAUCUGUUGCAGUCUGUUCAUAUCUGUCAAUCUAUCUAUCGCAGUCUGUUCAUAUCUAUCAAUCUAUCGCAGUCUGUUCAUAUCUAUCAACCUAUCUAUCGCAUCUGUUCAUAUCUAUCAAUCUAUCUGUUACAGUCUGUUCAUAUCUGUCAAUCUAUCUAUCGCAGUCUGUUCAUAUCUGUCAACCUAUCUAUUGCAGUCUGUUCAUAUCUAUCUAUCUAUCUAUCUAUCUAUCUAUCUAUCUAUCUAUCUGUUCAUAUCUAUCUAUCUAUCUAUCUGUUCAUAUCUAUCUAUCUAUCUAUCUAUCCAUAUCUAUCUAUCUCAGUCUGUUCAUAUCUAUCUGUUUAUCUUCCUUUUCAUAUCUAUCUCAGUCCUUUUCAUAUCUAUCUAUCUAUCUAUCUAUCUAUCUAUCUAUCUAUCUAUCUCAGUCCUUUUCAUAUCUAUCUAUCUAUCUUAGUCCUUUUCAUAUCUAUCUAUCUAUCUAUCUAUCUAUCUCACUCUUUUUCAUGUCUGUCUGUCUAUCUAUCUAUCUAUGUCCUGUUCAUAUCUAUCUAUCUCUACCUAUAUACCUCUGUUGAUUUCUAUCUAUCUAUCUAUCUAUCUAUCUAUCUAUCUAUCUUGGUCUGUUCAUAUUUAUCUAUGUCAGUCUGUUCAUAUCUAUCUAUCUCUUUAUGUUCAUAUCUAUAUUUCUAUCUCAGUCUAUUCAUAUCUAUCUAUCUAUCUAUCUAUCUAUCUAUCUCUGUCUGUUCAUAUCUAUAUAUCUAUCUCGCCUGUUCAUAUCUAUCUCCUUUAGCCUUUUCCUAUCUAUCUAUCUAUCAGCCUUCUGUUCAUAUAUAUCGAUUGAUUUAUCUAUUGUCCUGUUCAUAUUUAUCUAUCUAUCUAUCAUCCUGUUCAUAUCUAUCUAUCUAUCUAUUACCCUGUUCCUAUCUAUCUAUCCUUAUUUUUCUCAUUCUGUUCCUUUCUAUCUAUCUAUCUAUCUAUCUAUCUAUCUAUCUAUCUAAAUGUUCAUCCACAUUAUCUAUUCAAUCCCUGUUUAUCUAUCUAACAAUGUAUCUAUCUAUCUAUCUAUCUGUUUUGUUUCAUCUAUAUUAUCUAUUUAUUCAUCUAUCUUUUCUUUUCAUAAAAAUCUAUCUAUCUAUCUAUCUAUCUAUCACCCUUUCUAGUCUAAUCUAUCUAUCUAUCUAUCUAUCACCCUGUUCAUACCUAUCUAUCUAUCACCCUGUUCAUACCUAUCUAUCUAUCUAUCUAUCUAUCUAUCUAUCUAUCUAUCUAUCUAUCUAUCUAUCACCCUGUUCAUACCUAUCUAUCAUUCAUCAAAUUUCUUCAAAAAUCUUUCUUCGCUUCUAUCUAUCUAUAUCUGGAUUUUCAUAA